GUCACGCUUGUACAACCGAGUGGGAGACGUCGUCCUUUUGAUUAUUUGGGCAGACGAGUUCUGCUGAGGCCUCGGUUUGGUCAAUUUGGCUUGACCCCGCAGAGUCGGGGUAGGCUCGCGUGGCAUAGGUUGAGGGAAGUAAUCCGACGCAGGGGACAGGGCCAUUGGUGAGUUUACCAUCUUGUUGGGCGAGAGAAGACUCUUAUCGAACCCCUGGCCUCCAUGACCCCUCGGUUUAGGGAACAGUUUGGCCAGAUCCAGUCGCGGUGUGACACUCCUUCGGUUACUUCCCUUGUUCUUACGACUUGCGCUAUCGCUGAAGGUCUCAUGGGACAAUGGACUGGAACUGUAAUGGUCGUUGCCAUUGCCAUUGCCAGUGCCGUCGGCGUGGGAGGUUACAAUCUGAGGUUUGCCUUUCCGGAGAGCCAGGUCCCGCACAGCCGAGUUGGACGUUUGCUGGGAUAUGGACAAAGGCGAGCUUCGAGCAUCGUAAUGGGAACGCAUAGUCGAGUCGGAACCACGUGGCCGCAGGUGCCUGCUGAAGGAGCUGGAGGGCGAGGUGGGAGGUUCACUGCCAAUGAAGGCCAUGCUGGAAGGUGGAAGCAAGGUGGAAGAAGCACGGUUGGACGGAGCAGAAGGUUUUGGCAAGGAGUAUUCGUGGGGAGCAGUACGGUCGGAAGCGGCAUCAGAGAGGGUGACGGUUACAUGGGCUGGACUGGGCGGCGGGAUAGAGGACGUCUGUCGCGAGCUCGGACGGAAAGGAGGGCCGUCAGUUCCAAGAAUUCGCUGGGCUUUUGAGGUGGCGGAAGAAGAGUUGGUGCGAAGAAAAGGCGAGGA